AUGGAUGUGGAGGGGUCAUGUAGAGAGGGCUGGACAAGCAUGGAGAUGUAUAAAAUCCUCGGGGCGGGCCGAGUGGUGAUCUACAAGAACAGCUGCAGCCCACUGAUGGAGAAAGUGCUGGAUUUUUAUGUCGCAGAGGGGAUUGUUGAAAUAAUUCCCUGGCCAAUUGAUUUAUACCUCAAUGUUUCUUCUUACUUUCAUCACUCAAUGGAUCCCAAGGACACUGGCCACUAUGGACAAAUCACAGCCUUAAAUGACUGCAUCUAUCGCAACAUGUACAGGAGCAAAUAUGUGCUGCUGAAUGAUUUAGAUGAAAUUAUUCUGCCCAUUAAAUAUCCAGACUGGAAAAUCAUGAUGCAGAACCUGGGCCAAUAUCCAAUGGUUGCUGUUUUCUUCUUUGAGAGCCAUCUUUCCCCUAAACAUGUAUUCACUCCUGAUGACCCAUUCAACAUUUCCUCUUGGAGAAAGAUACUUGGCACCAACGUACUGCAACAUGUCUUCAGGGAGCAUGACAAGAAUCCAGUUGAGAACCCUCGGAAGAUAAUUGAUCCAAGGAAAGUUGUCCAGCAAUCUGUACAUAAAGCUCUCCAAGCAUACAGAAGCAAUGUUUUUACUCCAAUGAAUGUUGGCUUUUUGUUUCAUUGCCGGGCUACUAAGCAACCACAGCUUCCAAGAGAAUCCCUCAUUAGGGACAUAAGUCUCUGGAGAUAUAAUGUGUCUUUUGUUGGGAAUGUCAGCAAAGAGCUCCAUCAAACAGUACUGUAA